UUAUAGGGCAGAACUUCGGGGGGAUUCCUGGAGUCCCGGUUGGGGCUAAAUGGGAGAAUCGCCAAGAUUGUUCUCGUGCUAGCGUGCACCGCCCUCUUAUGGCUGGUAUACAUGGCACUGAAAAAAACUGGCGCCUUCUCAAUUGUUGUUUCGUGUCACUACAAAGAUGACAAGGAUUUCGGCGAUACGAUCUACUAUACAGGUACAGGGGGUCGCAAGCGGUGGUCUGAUGGCUGUCCUCCGAAGCGUCUCCGGUUAGGUCCGCAGGUUUUUGAUCAGCAGUGGUCAGAUCAAGGAAACGAAGCACUUGUCAAAUCGCGUGACACAGGCAACGCCGUGCGCGUCAUCCGAAGCCACAAAGUGCUUUCUGAUUUUGCGCCUGCCAAAGGCUAUCGGUAUGAUGGUCUGUACACUGUUGAAAGUGCAUGGAAAGAGAAAAAUUCCAAGGGUCUGGAUAUCUGUCGCUACAGGCUAGAGAGGGUUCCAGGUCAACCUCCCCUGCUCCGUCGCUCGCUUGGAGAUACCGAUCAUGGGCCAUCUCCCGCCUCCGUAGCCACGUCAGACACCGUCAUCUCGCCAUCGUGUAUGUUGAACAGCCGUAAGCGCAAGGCUCAACCACUUGCACCCCAAGGUGAUCCCACGAUCUAUUCCGAUGCGGCGUCUAAGAAGCGCAAACUCGCCGACCGAGCGCCGCCCCAACCAUUGUUGUCUUCAUCUGCUGUGCAGCCACAAGUUCUAGUGCCGGUUCUGGGGACUAUUGAAACCCCGCUGCAAAAGCACAACCAGCGGGUGCAGAAAGAGAUGCAGAAAGAGAAACAGCAACACUUCCCUGGAACGAGCUCUUCCGUGAAGACGCCUGCCACCCUUGUAAAACCAAGUAUGUUGUCCAGCCAAUCCCAGCACAAUGACUUCCUAGCGAGGCCCAUGUGGAGCAUCUCUUGCGAUGAGGACGACGAAGAUGUUGAUAUGCCACUUGAUGACGAAGACGAGGAUGAUAUACUACUUGAAGACCUCGAAACCACGGCUUUCCCGUUUUCAUCUUUCUUGCCCCCCUCGCCCUUCUGAACGAGUCAGUUGCAGCUGUCAAAUAUCCACUAUAUCCCGGCUCCUCUGCUUUCUUGUUUUCAAGACCUCGAAUUCAUGUUUCUCAUUCACUUCGCCCUUCUGAUAGGACCAGUCACAGAUGUACAGUACCCGGUUUUUUGUUUUCUUGCUUUGAAGAUCGUUUGGAAUGUCCGUCUACUGAUACUGCUCUGCUAGGUUUGUCUACGACCAGUACAUUGUUAAACCUGUUUCUG